AUGGGAUACACUGAUCCUUCGUCAAGCAGGGAUUUGCUGGGAAACAGAACUUUGUUCUUCAUAUUCAUCUGCGCCUUUGCCGUGGUCACCUUGCUGCAGCAGAUCCUCUAUGGGAGAAACUAUCUCAAAAGGUAUUUUGAGUUUUAUGAAGGGCCUUUGGAAUACAACUCUACGAAAUGCCUGGAAUUGCGGCAAGACAUCAUCGAGGUGAAGGUUUUGUCUAUGGUGAAACAAACUGAAUUGUUUGACAGAUGGAAGAGCCUACAGAUGUGCAAAUGGGAGAUGAAUGUAACAGAAGCAAAUUUAUUCAAGUCUACUUUGUCGAGGUGUUGCAAUGCCCCUGCCUAUCUGUUCACCACUCAGAAAAAUACUCCCUUGGGAACUAAACUGAAAUAUGAAGUGGAUACUAGUGGAAUCUUCCAUAUCAAUCAAGAAAUCUUCAAAAUGUUCCCAAAGGUGCCUCAUGUCUCUGUCUGUGCAAGAAACUGUUUAACUCUCUUACUCAUUUCUUUCCUUUAUAGAUGCAAUUUGCCUCCUAUAUCUGAGAAAUACUUCACGGACGUUGGGGUAAAGACGGAUGUCGUCACUGUCAAUCCCAGUAUAAUUACAGAGAGAUUUCACAAGCUGGAAAAAUGGAGGAAACCCUUCUACGACGUGCUCCAGGUCUACGAGAACGCUUCCGUGCUGCUGCCAGCUUUCUACAACACUCGCAACACGGACGUCUCAAUCCGGGUCAAAUAUGUCCUGGACGAUUUUGAAUCUCAGCAAGCUGUUUAUUACUUUCAUCCCCAGUAUCUCAUCAACGUCUCACGCUACUGGCUGGGCCAAGGGGUGCGAGCCAAGAGGAUUAGCACCGGACUGAUCCUGGUGACUGCUGCCCUGGAGCUCUGCGAAGAGGUCCACCUUUUUGGCUUUUGGGCCUUCCCCAUGAACCCCUCAGGGAUUUUUAUAACUCACCACUACUAUGACAAUGUGAAACCUCGCCCCGGUUUUCAUGCUAUGCCCUCAGAAAUCUUCAACUUCCUCCACAUGCACAGCAAGGGGAUCCUACGGGUUCAUACCGGGACCUGUAGCUGCUGUUGA